AAAAAAUACAUACAUAUAUAGAUAUAUCGAAACUUUUUUUCACUCACACAAUUAUUUUCUUCUUGUUUAACGAGACACACAAGCUUAUCGUCAAAUUUCCGCUUUUAACUCUCUUACUCUUUCAACGGAUUUUCCAAGUUUUAUUAUAUAACGUUUAGUAUUUUCAGAGAAAAAAACAAAAAAAAAAAAUUCAUUUUGUUUAUUGGAUUUUUUUCAUUAAUUAAAUAUUUAAAGAAGCUUUCAAACUAGCUCCGUUUUACAUGAAUGCAUAAAAAAAGUAUUUUAUAUUUGCAUAAAUAUUAAUGUGUAAAUACAUACAUGCAUACAUACAUACAUACAUUGAAGGAUUAUUAACGAAAGUCAUGUACACGGCUGGUGCGUGUCACUAUCGUUUUAGUCUCUUCAACGACUCGUUUAUAUUUGUGUUUAUAUACGUAAGCAUACACAAACAAACACCUUUUUAUUCUAUACACCGAAAUAUAUAGUCAAAGUUUUAUUAUAUACAAUAAUCUUAUCAUAAAAUGCGUUGUUGUUGUUUCAUUUGUUUCUUUGACACGAGUUUAAGGGCAAAUGUUUUCCCAACAGGCGAAGCAAGUUUGCUUUGUAUAACGUAUCAGUAAGUCGGUGUAUAUCGCUUUACUAUAGUGGCACACAGGCCGGUUAUAUCUGACUCGAGCUUAGAAGAAUGCUGGCUCUAUUGAAUAUCACAGUGAUUGGAGUGAACAAUUGUUGUCUCAAGAAGUAGAGAAGACUUCAAGUACUCCCUGUGGGAGUCACUUUCAUCAACAAACAACAAUAUGCUAACGACUACGGGUAUUGCGUGACUAAAAGCGAAAACUUAUUCGACAGCUACCAGUUUUCAUAUCUUGCCCCAUUUGUGAAUCACAAUCAAUUUGUAAACAACAAUUAAAAAAUAAUUGAGUACAAACUACUGAAGUCGCCUUGAAAGCGUCAGCUUAAAACAGUAAAAAACCAAAACAAAACAAAACAAAAAAAAAGAGAACAUGUUGAAAUUAUGUUUAAACACUUAUGCCAUUACAAUGAUGUUAUGCUUGUUAACGCCGUUGAUACUACUGCUGCUGCUAUUGAGCUCAGUGCCAAUCCAGGCGAACGAUAAUUUGCGCGUCGCUUAUGAAUGGAAAGCGAUUGAUUUUAAGUACGCAAGUGCCGAGAAACGUUGGAUGGCUAUUGAAAAUUUCGAAUUCAAGCCAAGCAAUGUAAUACCGUUUGGCAUCGAAGUCUAUCGCACACGACUAUUCGUUACUCUACCUCGUUGGCGGAGCGGUGUGCCGGCAUCAUUGGCUUAUUUAGACUUAAAUGCGAAUUCAACAAAAUCACCAGUUCUGGUGCCAUACCCUAGUUGGGUGGCUCAUAGUAUGAAUGAACUGGAGCCGGAAUUGGUGUCACCAUUUCGUGUACGGGCUGAUCGUUGCGGACGUUUAUGGGUUUUAGAUUCGCGUAUAGACGGAGUUCUGCUGGAUACUAAAGUUUAUGGACCCGCUCAAUUGUUGGUCUAUGAUUUGCAUAAUGAUAAUUUAUUAAGGCGCCACACCUUUCCCCUUAAACAAGUAAAAGAGAAUUCGUUCUUUGCCAAUAUAGCGGUAGAAGAUGGUGAAUGUGAGAAUACAUACGCUUACGCCGGCGAUUUAGGCAGUCCCGGAUUGGUAGUGUACUCAUGGCGCCGUGACGAAUCGUGGCGUAUUCAUCACAAUUAUUUUCAUCCGGAUCCUUUGGCCGGGAAUUAUAGCAUUGGCACUGUAGAAUUUCAGUGGGACGAUGGUCUCUACGGAUUGGCAUUGAGUAAAGCACAAUCCGAUGGUUAUGCCACCCUAUACUUCCAUCCGUUAAGUUCGACAAUGGAGUUUGCUGUUAAUACCAUGAUAUUGCGCAACAAAACUUUAGCUACUAGUGGAAAAAUUUAUCGAGAAUUUAAAAUUUUAGGCUCUCGUGGACCUAACGCUCAGGCGGGUGCCUCAUUUUUGGAUCAAUUAACAGGCGUGUUGUUUUAUGCUUUGCCAAAUUUAAAUGCUGUUGCCUGCUGGAAGACAUCUAAUCGUGCGUACACGAUUAAAUCACAAGGUCGGGUUUAUAUGAGUCCGGUUGAGAUGGUAUUUCCCAGCGAUGUAAAAGUAGACGAUCAAGAUCGUUUGUGGGUUCUAUCAAAUCGUUUACAGGAUUUUAUUUACGGAGAGCUUUUUCCGACAUCAGUUAAUUUUCGUAUUCUGACAGCACAUGUUAAAGAUGCCAUCGAAAAUACCGCCUGCGAUAUUAAGACAAAACCUUUGCCCGAAAUCAUUAACAAAUUGGGGGACAUCUUGAAUACUGUAACAAGUCCCACCGGUAAAACGGGAAGUAAUUCGCAAGGAUUUGUUAUUAAUACAAAUUGGAGUCUAAUACUCGCAGUCUUACUUUUUGUAUGCUUCUCGCCAACGUGACUAACGUUGUAAGUUGCGUUGCGUUUCCGUUUGAAAUUUUUUAUAAUAUUCGUAGUCAAUCCUUUAAUCGUUUGCUUUAUAUUACAUUUGUAAUAGGAAUUAGUUACUAAGACAUUAUAUGCCAUAAGAUUAUACUUUUAUAUACUUAAA